GGCGGUAUGUCUGUUCACACACCGGCAAUCGUGGACCAGAGAAGCAAGUGAUAAUGUCUGCCCCAUGUAUGUGCUCUCACAAUUUCAUUCCUUGAGACGCAUUAUCCAGAAAAGGACGACAAUUUUUCAAAAAAAACACUUGGUGAUAAUGAAGAAAUAAACCUCGUCCUCCACAACCCCUCCAUCUUACACAACAAACAAACCCUUCCUCCAACCCCUCACUCAUCAACUUGGCUGUUCUGCCAGUGCUUGUACCACACUGUAUUACGUGACUCCGCAGACUGUCUCACUGACUUCAAAGACGUUCCGCCCCUUGAUCUGGUUCGCUUUAUCAAAUGCCCAAAAACAGCAAGGCCGUCAAGAGAGAGCUUGACGACGAUGUCACGGAAUCUGUCAAAGACCUGCUUUCCAACGAGGACGCGUGCGACAAUUCCUUCAAGAAGAGCUCGCUGAUCGUGAGCCAUGAGGAGGACGGCAGAGAAGAGAAUGAUGUGGAGGAAGGUUCGGAUGGCGAUGAGGAGAGGCCCGCGUGGAACAGCAAGCUGCAGUACAUCUUAGCCCAGGUGGGCUUCUCUGUAGGGCUCGGGAAUGUCUGGAGGUUCCCUUACCUUUGUCAGAAGAAUGGAGGAGGAGCAUACCUGGUGCCCUAUCUGAUCCUGCUGGUGGUGAUUGGCAUCCCCCUGUUUUUCCUGGAGCUGGCUGUGGGCCAGCGUAUCCGGCGCGGCAGCAUCGGGGUGUGGACCUACAUCAGCCCUCGUCUGGGGGGCAUCGGCUUUGCUAGCUGUAUGGUGUGUUUCUUCGUGGCGCUCUACUACAAUGUCAUCAUUGGGUGGAGUCUUUUCUACUUUUCCCAGUCGUUCCAGCAACCUCUGCCCUGGCAUGAGUGUCCACUGGUCAAAAACAAAACCAGCACAUACGUGGUGCCAGAAUGUGAGAAGAGCUCGGCCACCACCUACUACUGGUACCGUGAGGCCCUGGACAUCUCAGAUACCAUAGCUGAGGGUGGUGGCCUCAACUGGAGGAUGACGUUGUGUCUUCUGGCCGCCUGGUCAAUGGUGUGUCUGGCCAUGAUCAAGGGGAUUCAGUCUUCUGGCAAGGUGAUGUACUUCAGCUCUCUGUUCCCCUACGUGGUGCUGAUCUGUUUCCUGGUCCGGGCUCUGCUCCUCAAGGGCUCCGUGGACGGGAUCCGACACAUGUUUACACCCAAGUUGGAGAUCAUGCUGGAAGCCAAGGUGUGGCGAGAGGCAGCCACUCAGGUGUUCUUCGCUCUGGGCUUGGGCUUCGGCGGCGUCAUCGCCUUUUCCAGCUACAACAAGCGAGACAAUAACUGCCAUUUUGACGCCGUGCUCGUCUCCUUCAUCAACUUCUUCACCUCUGUGCUGGCCACACUGGUGGUCUUUGCCGUGCUGGGCUUCAAGGCCAACAUCAUGAACGCCAAGUGUGUCGCGCUGAACUCUAAGAAAAUCGAGGGUUUCCUGGGGAACGAGAUCAGUCCCCAAAUGAUACCCCACCACAUUAACUUCAGUCAUGUCAGUGCCGAGGACUACAGACAGAUGAUAGAUAUCAUCAAGGGGGUGACUGAGAGUGACUACCCUCGCCUUGGCUUGGACUCCUGCAGCAUUGAGGAAGAACUCAACAAGGCUGUCCAGGGAACAGGUUUAGCUUUCAUCGCUUUUACCGAGGCCAUGACCCACUUCCCUGCCUCGCCGUUCUGGUCUGUCAUGUUCUUCUUGAUGCUGGUCAACCUGGGCCUCGGCAGCAUGUUUGGCACCAUUGAGGGAAUCAUCACACCCAUAGUGGACACCUUUAAAGUCCGCAAGGAGAUCCUCACAGUGGGGUGUUGCCUGCUGGCCUUCUGCAUUGGUCUGUUAUUCGUCCAGCGCUCAGGGAACUACUUUGUGGCCAUGUUCGACGACUACUCAGCCACUCUUCCCCUGCUCAUAGUGGUCAUCCUGGAGAACGUGGCUGUCGCCUGGGUCUAUGGGACUGACAAGUUCUUUGAGGACUUGAAGGACAUGCUGGGCUUCACGCCAUUCCGCUUCUACUACUACAUGUGGAAGUACGUCACCCCUCUGCUGCUCAUCCUGCUGCUCUGCUCCAGCCUGAUCCAGCUGGCCAUGACGCCACCCAGCUACAGUGCCUGGAUACAGGACCUGGCUAGUGAGAAGAGUCUGAGCUACCCUCCCUGGGGCCUGGCCGUGUGCAUCUCCUUGGUGGUCGCCGCCAUCUUGCCCGUGCCCUUGGUCUUCGCCCUGCGCUACUUCAACAUCAUCGAUGACAACGCCGGGGGCAUGUCCACCGUCUCCUACAAGAAGGGCCGCAUCAUCAAGGAGAGCGCCCGGGCCGAAGAGGACGACGACGCCAGCCUGAUUGCCGCCAAGUCGCCCAGCGAAGCGCCAUCACCCAUGCCCGGCAACAGUAUCUACCGCAAGCCGAGCUCCGGAGUCCCUGAUGCGGGCAUGGCGCCCAAUGGUCGCUACGGCAUUGGCUACCUGAUGGCUGACAUGCCUGACAUGCCUGAGUCUGACUUAUAAAGCAACUCGUAACACCCUCCCCCUUUCCUCAUGCCCCGCCUCCAAAGGCCGGCCAAUCCUGUUUCUGCGUGUGUUUAGUUGUUGGGAUCAUCCACACAUUUUUACUUGUACUGUAUUCUUUGUAGAUGUUGUAGUUGCUACCAUACAUGUGUCCUCACCCCUUUUUUUGCCGCGUCAGUGUAAAAAGGUCUGUAAACAUAUGUUAUCUGUUUGGCCCGUAUUUCACCUGCCCUAUUCCAAACCAGUUCCUGACUGACUACUUACACGACCCUUUCUGGACCCUCCAUGUGGAUCUGAAAGGACAGUAUAGAAGUAAGCAAUAAGGUGGGAUCUCCCCCCAAGCCUACAAAAACACAAGUUCCACAGAAGGAGACAGUCAAGUGUGUAGGGAAGUCAGUGACGGAUGAUGUUGGAACUGGGCCUGUCUGUCUGUGGGGUAUUGUAAUCAAUUUAUAGAAUAGCUGUGUACAUAUGACACCUAUUUCUGGCCAAGUACUGAGAUUAGUAGCAGUGUAGCCACUUCGAAUGACAAAUUACGAUGCAAUACUGACCACAUUUCUUUGGUGUAAAGUAUAAUAUAGUCCAAACAGUAAAAGGGUGGUAUUAAAUCACCCCCAAACCCCCCCAGGAUUGUUGAAAAAGUGUGCCUAAAUAACAUUUGUUUAUAGAAUACAUGGUGGACGUUGUAUAUUUAAGGUAUUCUGUAAAUAUAAUAUAUACAUAUUAUAAAUAUAUUUAUCUGAAUAGUUUGGAUAUCAAAACACCUUGUUUUUAUGGUGAGCUGUGCUUCAAAAUCCUUAACGCUGGUCUUUGUUUUGUUUACUUAUGUGCUAUCAAUGAGGUUCAAGUCCUCCUAUUGUACUACUUUGUAAAUACUUUUUUCCAUGAAAUGGCUUCCAAUGCGAUGUCUUUUUUCCCCCGUCGAGAUUAAAGAUCAAACAUGGUCCGUACUGGA